ACCAUCGCACCGCAGUUUGAUGUACUAGUCUCAUAAGACAAAGAUUAGGAUUAUUUUACGGUGGAGCAACUUGGUAGUUUAGUCCUAGUGGCUAUAGGGCGAUGUUGUGAGGGUGUAGUUCCGAGGUAGCCGUGCGGACUACCUUGGUGGGUGGCCACUUCUACUUCUUCAGUUCAUUCCCUAUCUUCAAUUAAACCUCACCCAUUCUUUGAACACCUCCCUUUACUAUGGCUCCUCCGUCGGCGAUUGAGCCUCAAAAUGGCGACGAACAGAAGCCUAACACCACCGCGCCCCUCGAGCCCGGACUAGAUGAAAGGACGGGAAAGUUGAAGAACUUCAAGUUCCCGAGUCCGCCGAAGUUUGAUGACCCGUAUAAGGAGCGCGCAUAUCUGAAGGGCCGGCUCGCUGCUGCAUUCAGAAUAUUUGGCAAAUACGGAUUCGACGAAGGCGUAGCCGGACAUAUAACGCUGAGGGAUCCCGUGGAUCCGACCAAUUUCUGGGUAAACCCCUUCGGCGUGGCGUUUAGCUUGAUCAAAGCAUCUGAUCUUAUCCUCGUGAACCAUGCCGGCGAGGUAAUCGACGGCGGAGAAGUCCGACUCCUGAAUAACGCCGCGUACAUGAUCCAUCAUGCAGUACAUUCGGCGCGCCCGGAGGUAAACUGUGCAGCACACUCACACUCCAUCUACGGCCGUGCCUUCUGCGCCCUUGGCCGGAAGUUGGACACGAUCACACAAGACUCUUGCGCCUUUCACAACGACCAUGUAUUGUACGAGAGCUUCAAUGGUAUCGUCCUAGCCGAAGAGGAGGGCAAAAACAUAGCCAAGGCCCUCGGCAACAACAAAGCCGCGUUACUGCAGAACCAUGGUCUGUUGACGGUAGGCAAAAGUAUUGAAGAGGCAGUGUUUUGGUUCAUGAGCCUGGAAAAGUGCUGUCAUGCGCAGCUCCUGGCAGAUGCGGCAGCUGCUGGGCGAGGUGGCGAAACAGUGAAGAUUGAUGAAGAAGACGCACAGUACACGCACAAGGUUGUGGGAAGUAACAUGGCCGGCUGGUUUUCUGCGAAACCGUUGUUCGAUGUCAUUCACAAAGAGACCAACGGGGAUUAUUUGGAGUAGGAGGACUGGAGAGCCUGCCUGUAUCCGUGGGCUGGGGGAUAAUUAUUACCAAAGUUAUUCAAGUAUUUGCACCUGCUGUUAAAUCGAACUUUGAUAUAGAUGUUUGGGGGUCCCCGCACGACUCGUUGCAAUCCAGUCAUUGACAGAAC